AUCUUGGUUUCCUUAGCGCUUGCCUAAUAACAGACAGAAUAAAUAAAUAAAUAAAAUUUAAUUUAAUUUAAGAAAAUAAUAACAACAAAAAGCCUUCAUCCAUAAGGAAACCAAACUUGCCUGUAAUUACGCGUGUGUAUAGUGUAGCAGGAGGUUUUUGUUGUUGAUAUUCUGAUCUGAUCGCCAACAGUCAUGUCGAUGCUCGAUUCCUUCUUCAAUAAAGGAUUUAAAGCUGCCAAAUGUAAAACCCUACUCAAAUUGACUAUACCGCGCAUAAAAUUGCUGAGAAAUAGGAGAGAGAUUCAGAUAAAGCAAAUGCGUCGUGACAUUGCUAAGCUUCUUGAAACUGGACAAGAAGCUACUGCUCGCAUUCGGGUAGAGCAUAUAAUAAGAGAAGAGAAUAUGAUGGCUGCUCAGGAGAUCCUUGAGCUAUUCUGUGAGCUUAUUUCUGUGCGUCUUCCAAUCAUUGAAGCCCAAAGGGAAUGUCCUUUAGACUUGAAAGAAGCAAUAUCUAGCAUCUGUUUUGCUGCACCAAGAUGUGCCGAUCUGCCAGAAUUGCUGCAGGUUCAAAUGCUAUUUGCUUCCAAAUAUGGAAAGGAAUUUGUAGCUGCUGCGAGUGAGCUUAUGCCAGAAUGUGGAGUCAAUCGCCAGUUGAUAGAACUCUUAUCAAUUCGUGCUCCUUCACCUGAAGUAAAAUUGAAGCUCCUGAAGGAAAUUGCUGAAGAGCAUGAACUAGAUUGGGAUCCAGCUGCCUCUGAAACUGAGCUUUUAAAACCACACGAAGAUUUGUUGAAUGGUCCAACACAGUUUGUCAGUGGCUCCAAGCUGCCCCUUCCAAAAGAGAAACAUGAUGAAGAAUUGACCUCCAUUCCUGAUAAUGCCCAUGAUAAACAGCCAGAGUCUGAUUCAGACUUUGACGAACUGGAUUUUCCUGAAGUUCCUAAGGUGUCUUUACGGCCAACUGCAAAUGCUGCCUCGGCACCAGAAAUGGAAACUAUACCAGCUACUGCACAACGUGGCAUUGAUAACGAAUCAUCAAAUUCCCCUACAUCCUAUGAAAAUCUAGCACCAGAAACUCAUUUAGAAGAUGAAGAUUUAAUUAAAGAAAAGCCAGUGGCUGCCAAGGAAGAAAAACAGUUCUUGCCUUUUAUGUCUCCCCCUUCGGCAUCCCCAGCAUCCAUUUCCACAAGACUGAAUAAUUUGUCGCAUGUCUCUAGGACAAAAAGUGAGGCCAACGUAGAUCUGCUGGAUGUUGUAGCCGCUGCUCAAGCUGCUGCAGAAACCGCUGAACGUGCAGCUGCGGCUGCUCGUUCAGCAGCUACUCUUGCACAGGCCAAGAUUAGUGAGCUUACCAAGAAAAAUAGUGAGAAAUUCCCUGAUGAUGAUGAGAAUCCAUUUCAUACAGAUAUUCCUGCUCAAUCAGCUACUAAAGAAAAGCCACAUUUUGAUCAUCAACCCUCUUUUGGUGAUCGCAAUGGUGUCUCAAGUUAUCUGGGUUCGCAUCAACUUUUUGAAGGCCACCAGCCACCUGAAUUACAUGAACUUCCUUCUUUUGAAAAACUGAAGGUGGAUUAUGAUUCUGCUAGUGUUCAAGGUCCCGGGCAAGGGUCUGUUCAUCACCAGCCUCAAAGAUUGCCUUCAAUGGACGAUGAAUCGUACUUCUCAUAUCCAAAUUUGUUUACGACACAGAACCCAAAUGUUGGACUCAAUGCUCAGUCUGUGACGGAUAAUUCCCAUUCUACGCAUGGCGUUUGAGUUGUUGGAUCUAUUAUCGUGGAACUUAUAUAAUGUGGUAUUGAUACUCCUAUUUUAGAUGUGAAAUGUUCGACAUGGUUUUGGAUGGGUGAAUUUCUGUUGGCUUAUUCUGUGAUGUAUUGAUGAAAGUUUAGGAUAUACUGUACAAAAGUACUUUUGUUAGUAAUAAAUGUGCUUUUUAACGAAUUUUAAAGCACGCUGUAACCUCAAAGGCAAGAAUUGAUUGAGCAGAAAGCA